AUGACUGAAAAAUUGGAGUAUUGCGAUGAAUGCUUUCCUGAUAAGGAGAAAUCAAAAAAAAAAAAUGAUAAGCCAUAUAGCAAAAUGCUCAUUCUAAUCUAUCCUAUCUUCUUCAAUUUCAAAUCAAUUCGCAAAGAAAUAAAGAAUUGGAAGGAAGAGGUAAAUGAACAAGUUGAAAAUUUGCAAAUUUUACCAACAAUUUCUGGGAUCGAAAAAUGUCGGAAGAAAAAAUUAUCGCCAUUAUUGUCACCAUUGUCAUCAUCAUUAUCAUCAUCAUCAUCAUCGUUACCACCACUAAUUAUUAUAACUAUUAAUAGUUCUAUCUAUUAUCAUCACUAUCAUUACAACCUUAACAUACAUUUUUCAUUCAUUUUUAUUGUGACAUAUCUGUCAAUCGGAUGGUUCAAAAAAAUUCUUCAAAUUAAAGUUUUUAAAUACCUUUUUAUUUGA